AUGCCCGUCGUCAAAGGAGGCGUCUGGACCAACAUCGAGGACGAGAUCCUCAAGGCCGCCGUCUCCAAAUAUGGCCUCAACCAGUGGGCGCGAGUGUCGUCGCUGCUCGCGCGCAAGACGGCGAAACAGUGCAAGGCGCGAUGGGCAGAAUGGCUGGACCCGGGCAUUCGCAAGAUCGAGUGGAGUCGCGAAGAGGACGAGAAAGUGCUGCAUCUGGCCAAGUUGAUGCCCACCCAAUGGCGCACCAUCGCACCCAUCGUCGGACGCACAGCCACGCAAUGUCUGGAGCGGUACCAGAAACUGCUGGACGAGGCCGAAGCGCGGGAGACUGCUGCAGAGCUUGGUCUGGCUGGUCCAGAGGGCGGCGAGACACAGGCGCCGUCCGCAGAUGAUGUGCGGAGACUGCGCCCGGGCGAGCUGGACCCCGACCCCGAGAGCAAGCCUGCCAGACCCGACACGAUCGACAUGGACGAGGACGAGAAGGAAAUGCUGUCAGAGGCUCGCGCACGUCUGGCCAACACACAGGGAAAGAAGGCCAAGCGGAAGGCGAGAGAGAGGCAGCUGGAGGAGAGCAGGCGAAUGGCGGUGCUGCAGAAGAGGCGGGAGCUGAAGAGCGCCGGCAUCAACGUCAAAGUCACGACCAAGAAGAAGGGUCAGAUGGACUACAACGCCGAUAUUCCUUUCGAACAUGCGCCCGCUGCCGGCUUCUACGAUACUCAGGAUGAGAAGAAGCAGAAUGAGCAUGACCGCGAAAUGUUUGAUCCCCGCAAGCAGCAACUAGCCAACAAGCGCAAAGCCGACGGACAGGACGAUCAAGGUCAAGAAGCGAAGCGAAAGAAGAACGACAAGAGCGACAGUGGUGCUUCGGCAUUUGCCGCAGCUGCCAAGGCAGGACAACAGCAGCGACUACGCGAGGCGGAGCAGAGCAGUAAGCGACGAGGUCUGGUUCUGCCUGCGCCUCAAGUCAGCGAAGGCGAGCUUGAGGAUAUCGUCAAGAUGGGACUAUCCGGCGAGCGACUACACUCACAAGCUGGAGAGGGCGGUCUUGUUAGCAGGUACGAGAACACAGUGGGAGCAACACCCGUCCGAACACCUCGUGCCCCCCAAGAAGAAGACAGGAUUGCAAAUGAGCUUCGCAACGCCAGAGCUCGAACGGCUACACAAUCUGCACUCCUUGGAGGCGAGAACACAGACUUGGCAGAAGAUGACGCGACCACUGGCUAUGGUGGCGUCGCUCCCUCAAAGACAGCAAUGGCAACACCAAAUCCGAUGGCGACUCCUCUCCGACAGAAUGGUGCUACAAACGGCGUUGUAGCAACACCCAUGCGCACACCACGAGACAACUUUCGCCUAAAUCAGGAGACUGGUGCGAUGGAGCUCGUGGGUCAAACGCCGCGAGACAUCAGAUUACGCGAACAAGCUACACGAAGCAGCCUGCGUGGCAAACUUGCCAGUCUGCCGAAGCCACAACAGACUGAGUGGGAGCUUGAAGCUAUGCCAGAAGAGCAAGCAGAGUCAUCAUCAUCAGCAAUGGACCUGAGCGAAGAAGACGCAGCUGAGCGUGACAGGCGCAAUGCCGAGCUUGCAAAAGCUGCAGCCCUAGCUGACUUCAGACGACAAACAAAGGUCGUGCAGAAAGGCCUCCCUAGACCGAAUGUGGUCAACAUCGACGCCAUGCUUAAGAACGCCCGUGCCAUCAAAGACCCGGUCCAGCGCAGCAUAGCCGAAGAAGCCGCUCACCUCAUGGUUCACGAUGCCAGCAAUUUCGGCGGCGCAAAGACAAGAAGCAAGACCAAGCCCUACCAACACCCCGAAGAAGAAGCUCUCCAAAAAGCCCAAAUGGAAGUCAUCCUCGAAAUGGGCCAAGACUCCGACCGUGCCCAAUUCGGCCAAGCCUUCGAACUCGAAUGGGAAAAAGCUCACGCCUCCACCAUUCUCCCCGGCCUCGCGGGCUACGCCGAAGACGAAUUCGACCAAGACCAAGUCCUCAUUGAAGCCUUCGGUACCAUCCAGGAUGCUAUCACAAAGACUAGCGACAAGGGCAACGCACUGGAGAAGAAACUGGCGAAGCAUCAUGGUGGUUAUAUCACCAGACAGAAGACUUUGAAAAACAAAAUUCAGGAGGCGAGUGAGGCGCUGGAGAAGACGAGGCUUGAUGUUGAUGUGGCGAGGCAGGCGCAGGUUGCUGAGGAGGCGGGGAUUCAGGGAAGACUGGAGAGGUUGAGGGAUGAGGUUGCGUUGGUGGCGAGGAGGGAGAGGGAGGCGCAGCAGAGUUUUAGGGAGAGGAGGGAGGAGUUGGAGGGGUAA